AUGGCUCUUUCAUUUCAACUGAAUAAUGAGGAUCACCAAGUCAAGUCCUAUGGUACAAUUGUUAUAGCCUUCACUUGUAUCAUCACGUUUCUCUCCUUUGGACUUGCCAAAUACAACCCGAAAGUUGCAAGAUCUAAUCCGAGGCGCGCAAAGGCCUGGAAGCAGUAUGGUGGGCGACGCCCAGCGAGCAGCGCAGAUUCCGAAUGGACAGAACAAAGAGAGUCAGAGUUCUAUAAGGAACUCUUUUUCAAGCUGCAAAACCUGGAGGAAUUCCCUGACACAAUACCUACCGGACGAAAAGUCUUCCUGCUUCUGCUGUCGCAAGCAUUGAAAGAUCACGUCGAGGCCCCACACACCAGCAGCAUAUUGUCAGUGAAGUACUUCGAGGAGAAGGAGCUUGCGCGCUCUCUCCAGGACCAUCAGGAUGAGGUCACCAGGCAGUAUCAUGAAUAUAUCAGUCGCCGACGAUCCGGGUGUCCGCGGGAGCUCUUUGAUAACAAACAAGUUGCCGGAGAUCGUCUGCGGGAAAUGGCACCGUUAAAAUUAGUCGACGGGGCCUGGCUAGGGCAUUUAAACAAGAUCACCAUGCCUUUCCUGCUACGGCCCAUCAUGAAACAGACAUGGCAAGUGUUUACUGAGGAACUCGGAAAUGGCAACCGGGAACAGCAUCAUGUUAAAGUCUUCGAAGACCUUCUGCGAGUAUUUGAGCCAGAUUUGCCCUCACCAACAACAAAGACCAUUCUACAUCCUCGAUACGGGCUAGGCAAUCUCAAAUAUUGGAGGGCAGCAGCGGCACAACUGCUAGUUUCUCUCUUCCCGCAUGAGUUUGUUCCCGAAAUUCUUGGAUUUAAUAUGCAUUUUGAACUCCUUCAACUGGACACCAUGCAAGCAGCAAAGGAGUUACCCGAGGUUCAGCUCAACCCUUAUUAUUUCUUGCUUCAUGUUUCAAUUGACAAUAACCACUCCGGCCACGCUGCUAUGGCUAUGGCGAGUGUUGUGGACUAUAUCCACCAUCUUGCCGAGACUGAGGGUGAGAUGUCUGCUGAGGUGGGGUGGAAGAGAGUCCAGGCUGGGUACGUCCUCAGCGAGUGGCUAUCUCAAAAGGGGAACCAAGCAACCAACAUUAUUCCGCAACUCAAUAACGACUCGAACGUUCGACUAGAGUCAAAAGUUCUUGCCAUAUUUGGCUCAAAGACCCAGGCUGCCCAUCGACUGCAUUGUGGUAGCCGGGUCAAGAUUGGAGGCCGCCUGUUAACUGACUGGCUGGAUCCUGAAGCAUUCCGGGCCGAAGAAUGGCAGCAGGAGUUUAUUCGAUGUUUUAGCACAUGCAAGCCAUGGAUAUAUCCAGGAGACAGCCAGAAGAGCAGAUUGGUGCAAGAGCUACAAUGGGGAGGGAAAAUGUAUGGCUCAUUCACGGAAAAUGAAGUCGAAACACUCGAGCUUUGGAUUGACUCCCUAACAAACGACCAACUUUCGGUUUACUAUUCUUUCAUCGGGCCUAUCACACGCUCCAAAUAUCAAAAGCUCAAUGAACCUGGCGCCAACAAGAGGGCCAAGCUCGUCCGCGCUCUCAGCGGUGAGAAUGUCCCAAUGGCAUGCCUGCUUCCCAAAGGACCAUUGGUGAAGUGCACGAGUGACCUGACAGCAAACCUUAAUCUAUCUUCUCUAUUGCCACUCUGGUUUACGCAGUGUUGUCUCUUCGAAUCAUUUGUGUAUGCCCCGGGAAGAACUACCGACACUAUUGGCUGCGCUAUGAUACGCUUCUUGCGGGCUCAGUCCGGCUUUGACACGGAUCACCUGAUUGUCACCGGAAUCGAUGCGUUAUACACCGGGGAGAAUAAAGGAAUUAUUGAGUUUGGUCUAGAAAUCACUCGUCGAGCGUCUCUUCCCGUUCCUCAAGACCUUCACAGUCUCCUCUCCCGCUGGCCGUCCGAGUUUGCCACGACAAUGCUCAAAGUAGCCUCCAGCCCUAUCCGAAACUUUGGUCUCCUGCUCGGCAUGUCCAUGGCGUUUCUAGAAUUGCAGGACAUGGUAUCGGAGCUUUCAAAUCCUAGCUUGCUGUGUCCAAAAAGCAGGAUGCGGCUUGGAUCCUUGGCCCGGAAGCAGUAUCAAUGCUUGCAGGUCUGUUUGCAGGAAAUACCCGCCGGAGAUAAACGCCAUGUGGACUUCCACAACGGAUAUGGUUCAGCGAAGGCGGAGAUAAAUAAAUGCUUUAGGCCAACGAAUUGA